AUGAAUUUAAUUGUUCCAACAAAUUGAAAUGAAACGAACAAAAAAGUUAACCAUAAGAGCGCAUCUUCCACCAAGUAUGUAACCUCCCUUGUCUUUUACAUCAUUUGUGUUCUUGCUUCUGGUUAACCGAUUGCCCUUGCAAAUUGUGUUUCUCUUGAUUCUUAUUUAAGUAACUCGUCUAAAGAAAAGAUCUUCAUCCACUUCAUCUUUUUCUUCAAAAAUGGCCUACUUUGAAUAUCUUCCUCUUGAAUUACAAAAAGCUUUGAAAGCUACUGCUGAUGCCAUUGUUGCCCCUGGCAAGGGUAUCCUGGCCGCCGAUGAAUCAACCGGUACCAUGGGAAAGCGACUUCAAAACAUUGGAGUGGAAAACAAUGAGGAGAAUCGUCGUACUUACCGUCAAUUAUUAUUCACCAGUAAUGAUGAUAUGCCCAAAUUCAUUAGCGGUGUCAUUUUAUUUGAUGAAACUGUUUACCAAAAAGCCGAUGAUGGUACACCAUUUCCCGAUCUAUUGAAAAGCAGAGGAAUCAUUCCCGGAAUUAAAGUAGACACUGGUGUUGUUGAUCUUCAAGGUACCGAAGGUGAAUCAACCACCCAAGGUUUAGAUGAUUUGUCCAAACGGUGUAAAAAAUAUUUCGAUGCUGGUUGUCGAUUUGCUAAAUGGCGAUGUGUCCUUAAAAUCGGUAAACAUACACCAUCACCAUUGGCCAUUUUGGAAAAUGCCAAUGUUCUGGCUCGUUAUGCUACCUGUUGUCAACAGGCUGGUUUGGUACCAAUUGUUGAACCUGAAAUCUUACCUGAUGGUGAUCACACCUUGGAAAGAUGUCAAAAGGUCACCGAGAAAGUAUUAGCCGCUGUUUACAAGGCUCUUAGUGAUCAUAAUGUUUAUCUUGAAGGUACUUUGCUCAAGCCAAAUAUGGUUACCUCUGGACAAUCCGCUUCCGCCAAGGCUACACCCGAACAAGUUGCUCUGGCUACUGUUACUGCUCUUCAACGAACUGUACCACCCGCUAUGCCUGGUGUUGUUUUCCUCUCAGGGGGACAAUCGGAGGAAGAAGCUUCAGUUAAUUUGAACGCAAUCAACAAAUUGGCCGCCAAGAAACCUUGGGCUCUUACCUUUAGCUAUGGUCGCGCCUUACAGGCCAGCGCCCUUAAAGCUUGGUCUGGUAAGAAGGAAAAUAUUGGAGCUGGACAAGCUGAAUUCCUUAAACGGGCUCAGGCUAAUGGUUUAGCCUGCGUCGGCCAAUAUCAAGCUGGUUCCAUUCCUAGUUUGGCUUCGGUUUCAUCUAAUUUUGUUGCUUCUCACAAAUAUUAGAUUUAACUCAGUUAAUUGCGCUCACGAUAAUUUACCAUUUUCUAGGGCUAACAGUUUGGCAUCACUUGGUCAAUAUGAUGGUGGUAUCGCUGGAGCUGCUGCUGGUGAAGGACUUUUCAUCAAAAAUCAUGCUUAUUGAUUUAAUCAUUUUCCUAACAAUCAACUUAACAACAAUAGUUAACACUGUUUCUAGUUUAUACACUUAUUAUUAUUCAUGUUUGACCAUUUGUUUUCUGUUUCUUUCCCACCGCUCACGAACCACAAGUUUAGCUUAUUGUUUAUUUCCUUUUCCUUUUCGAUCGUUUCUUUUUUGUUAGUUUCUAUUUAGAUUUCGUUAAUCAUUUCAAUCGUUGCCAAUCUAUUUUUAAUCAUAAUCUUCACGCCUUUUUGCCCCUUUAAUUGUUAACCAUUUCAAGCAAUAUGUCAUCUUAUUUCUCUAUUCUGUUAUAUCGAUCUGAGUUAUUAAUCAAAAGUAAAUGGUAAACCUGUAACUACAAUUAACCAAAGGUAAACUUGACAUGGAAAAAUGGACAAAUACCCUUGGUUGACUUCUUGUAAUUGGGUCACUAAUUAAUCAAUUGGUCUACAUUUAAUCAUCAUUAUUAAUCUAUUGAUUUCUUUUUUUUCUGAUACUUUCCUUUAUCGUCAUCAUCGAUUAAUUGAAAUUUUACCUGCUAAUUGUUUCUCCUAAAUCAUCUUUAAAAUGAUCAGUUUUGUUGGUGGAAUCAUCGAAAAGAAAACUAAUUUAAACAAAUCAAAUUAACUUUGAUUAGUUUCAUAUUUUUCUCUGUUUAAACAUUGAGUGUAUUAGAUUUUUUCUGAAAAUUAAAUCUUAAAUUAUCAAAUUAA